AUUUUGAUUUGGAAAAUCUUAAAAUCUAGAUAGAUGAAAAAUGCUUGGGAAAGCGACUGUGUGCAUUGUCAACAAGAAUUUUCCAGUACUAAUAAGAAACCUAACAUCAACAGAAGUCUCAACUGCAUUGAGGCCCUUUUAUUUUUCUGUACAUCCUGAUUUAUUUGGCCAACAUCCGACUGAAAGGGCCAUCAACGAAACCUCCCUUCAACAGCUCAGCUCUGUUUUACAAUCUUUACAGGCCUUCAAAUAUCUAGCACCCACAACUAUACCCUUUUACCUGAAAAAUCGAACACAACAAAAUAAUGACACAAUUCGUCUUAUAAAAAUAUACUUAAAAGGUCGAGACAUAGGGACAGCUAUUGUAGAUAUUUUAAAAGCCUGUAAUUUGCCUACAAGCCAUGUACAGCACUAUGUUAAGUCCUCAGACGAAGUUGAAGCAAGAAUACGUACAGAGAAUAUAAAAAAACAGGGUGACGAAUGGGUAGGAGUAAAAUAUCAACAUGAAUAUGAUUUUACAAAAAAUCCAUUCAAUGCCUAUACAUUUAGGAUGCAACAAGAAACCAAAGAUAAUUUAAGAUUGAAAAAUUGGUUAGAACUAAAUUAUGAAGAUGCCUUGGAAAAAUUUAGAAGUGGCAAAUCAUCCAAAGAAGAAAUCGAAAAACUAAAACAAGAAAUGAUUGAAAAUUCCAAAUUAAAAGACAUCAGAUGGGAAUGUGGCUGGAACACUCAACAUUUUAGAGGUUGUCUUUUGUCCCUUAAAUCCCUUAUGGAACAACAUCCUCAGCACAUGAAAAACUUAGAAGGACAAAUUUUAGUUUUCUCAUAUUUUACUGGUAUAAGCUUAGAUGGGCAUUUGAUGCUUUUUAGUGGAGAAGUGCGCCAUAACUGGUUGGAUUUCAUCAAAAAUAUUACCAAACACAAAUUGGCUUUAGACAGAGUGCCUUAUUACGAAAAAUCUUUGUCUCAUGUUUUAAGAAAUAUCAAAGUUUGUCGUAGAAAAUUUAUGCCUGACAUGAAAGUAGGCGAAUAUGAGAUUAAUUUAAAAAAACUAACUACAUCAGUGAGUGAUUUUUUCGGCCGCAAUCGUUACCCUAAAUCAUGGCCAGUCACUUUGGAAAAUUAUGAAAUUGUUGUUGAAACUGAAGCUGGUCCUAUGAUGGUUUCACCUACAGGACAAUUCAUUGUACCUUCAUCAUUACCUGGUCCUAUUUUAAUAAGUUUCAUUACAAGCAACCUGGAAAAAGCGCACACAUUGAGCGAAUCGUACAAGCACGAUAAAGUAAUGGAAAGGGCUUUGCGUAAAAAAUGUUUGCAGGAGUUUCAGUUAGUUGAACUGCUAAAAGAUGAUAAUAUUACUCCAGAAUUGAUGAUAAAGUUUUGCCAAAAGUUGCUGGCAAGCAGAAGCGUUUUAAAAGAGUUUACUAAAGAUUUAAGUAUUAAUGUAUCUAGUUAUUAUUCGGUUUUGUCUGACGGGGUGGUUUGUGUGCCUUGGAAUUUUGAAGAUUAAAUAUAAGUUGUUGGAAAUAA